GCAAGGGCAAAGGUCAGUAUUCACCGCGCCCCCCCAGCCCGGCAGCCCACAGUUCUUCCAGCAGAAAAAAGCGGAAGUGUGGAUGCGUCACUUCCUGUGACACGCUGAGCGCCAGGACGGCGGCUCGGGGACGCCAUGUUGGGAGUGGCACGUGAGAUGCCGGAACCGGGACGGCCAUCUUGGAUAGGACUACGAAGCCUUAGAGUUCUGAAGGUUUGCGCUUAAUGGCGGCGCAAGGUGCCUCCAUCUUGGGAGUGGCGGGUUCUACAAUCGCAAAAGAAAGUUCCUGAAAAACGCGCGAACACCCGGUGGGUUUGGAGUGGGAGGAGGAAAAAAAAAAAGACGAACACGUGACCCCAAAGACCCCUCCCCCACCGUGUGGCGGCGCGACUCUCCUCCGCCCCCUGUUGGGCCCGCCCCUCCGCAGCACCAGCCAAUGAGAGCAGUGGUGCCGAACGCGGACGGUUUCCAUGGGAGCGCUUAGGCAGGCGGGGUGGAGGUUACCUAGCAAUCGGGAGAUGCUGCUAGGCCCAGCCAAACGGUAGGAAAGUGCUUUUUCAGCCACGGAAACCCGAACCGACGGAUCCCGGACAGAGGCGAUUCCCCGGCGCGCCCCCAGCCCCCUGGAGCCCUUGUCCCCAACCCAAUCAUGACGUCUCCCCUGUGCUGGAUGGCCGCCACCAGUGCCACGGUGCCUGCUCAGGACCAGAUUCCGACUUCUUCCAAGUCCAAGCGCAGUCAAGAUCAGGCCAAAAGCCGCCCUAGAGGCAAGGUUGCGGGGCAGGCCUGGCCUCCAGUCCAUUCCAAGGGACCCAUCUAUGCCAGCCCCGGGAAGGUCGCUCUCCAAAUGCAGAUGGCUGAGUUACAAAAGAAGAUACAAGUAUUAGAGAGUGAUCGGAAGGCCUUUUAUGAGAGCACCCAGUGGAACAUCAAGAAGAAUCAGGAAACCAUGAACCAGCUACAUGAGGAUAACAGGGUGCUGCAACUACAGCUGAGGGACCUGCUCCAGGGAGAAGAGAAAGUGGUCCAGACAGUGAUUCAGGACUGGAAGUCAGAGAAGCCAUACCUGAAGAACAGGACAGGACAGCAGGCCCUGGAGCUCCUGGACCACCGGCUGAGUGAGAAGGUGAAGCAACGGAAUGGUCUGCGGCACCAGCUGGGAUUGCGGCAGAAGUGGCUGGAGGAGCUCCAGCUGCAGCACAGCCUACGUGAGCUGGAGAUGGAAGAGGUGCAAGAUAGCAACACUGAGAUGGCUAAGAUCUUGCGGAACCUCGAGAACCGUCUGGAGAAGGCUCGGAUGAAGGCGGAGGAGGCGGAACAUAUCACCAAUGUGUACCUGCAGCUCAAGGCCUAUCUACAGGAAGAGAGCCUUCACUUCGAGAACCGUCUGGACUCCAUGGAGAGUGAGGUGGUGAAGACAAAACAUCAACUAGAGGAGAUGCGCGUGGUGAACCAGGAGGCACUCAACACCCAGAACACUGCCAAGAGUCAGCUGCAGUAUCUGGAGGAGACUGUGUUCCGAGAGCGCAAGAACCGCGAGCACUAUGUAACCGAGUUCAAGAAACUCGCAGACGAGAAGAAACUGCAGAACGAACGCAUGGAGCGCAAGGUGGGUGCACCCGGGGGUGCCAGGACCAAGGCCCUGUCCCGCACUCCUGAUCCCUGCUUGGCGGUGGUGCGGCGGUUCCUGGCGCAGAGCGACACCUUCACGCAGUUGGAGAUGCUCAAGAAUGAGAACAUGGAGCUGCUGCUGAAACUGAAGCAAGAGAAGGAGCAGCUGCAGCAGGAGCUCGAAGACCACAAGUACUCAGGGGAGGCCAUGCUAGUGAGUGAACAGAGGCUGCAGGCCGUGUUGCAGAGUAGCCUCAAUGCAGAGCAGCAGCGGAAGGCUAAGGCCCAGGCCGAGCUGAAGCAGGCCAUAUGGGCGAUGCAAAUCCUGAGGGAGGGCCUGGAGCACCUGGCGGGCAAGCUGGACCACCUCACAAUGGGCAGCCAGGGCUCUGAGGAAGACCUACCCAGAACCACUCAGGACUUAGCCCCUCAGGAGGCCGGGGGCUCCGCUAUGAAAGAGCUGGAUCCCAAGGCCAGUGACUAUCUGCCCAAGCUGCUGGGCCUGGUGGAGGAGAAGCUGCUGGCGCUGCAGGCGCAGUUAGACAGACAGGACAUUCCGGAGAUGCUGCGCCACAUCGCGAAUCGCGAGUUCUACUCCAACCUGGAGGGAAAGCUGCCCGCGCACAACACCCGCAUCACCUUCCCCCUUGCCAUUCCCAAGGACAAGUUCUUUGACGAAGAGGAGACCGAGGACGAUAACAACGACCUGGUUUCUCGUGCGGAGCUCAAGAUCCGCUCCCAGAAAUUAAUCGAUUUUCGCAGCAAGAAGCGCAACCGCUCUCGGAGGUCCUAGACUCGCCCUCGCACCCACCUGUCCUCUCCCGGCCCCGCGGAGCUCCCAAGCCCUCUGGUCCCAGCCACCGGCCCUCGGGGCCGCUCAAGGGCCGAGCGGCCCGACCGGGAGCGAGCCGGCCAUCGGCGCC